GAGUUGGUUUGGUUGAUACUGUUCUAGAUAACACAGUAACACGAGUAUUAUUAGUAUUUUAUCAGUAUAUUACUAGAAUCAGAACACAGCAGUUUUUAAGAAAAACAGAACCGGUGCAUUUUUUCUGAGGAAAAGAGUGAACAACCAUGAGUGACGACCGGAUCUUGCAGCGCUUAGGCUACACGCUGCAGAACACCAUCGGGUACGGGAGCUCCAGCACCGUCAGGCUGGCCGUCUCCAGCCAGCACCAGGGCAAGGUGGCCAUCAAAAUAAUGAACCGCCGUUUGAUGACGGACUGGCAUGUUAACAAGUUCCUCUCGUGGGAACUGGCAACCCUCAAAACAGUGAGGCACCCGCACAUCGUCAAGGUGCACAAGAUUCUGGAGACGAGAAAAGGGAGGGUCUUCAUCGUUAUGGAGGCUGCAGAAAGUACCCUCUUGAAGAAGAUUUUGGAGGGCCCGGUCUCCGUCGCCAACGCCAAAAAGUGGUUUUCUCAGCUGGUCAGCGCCAUGGUGUACCUGCACGAGCGGGACAUCGUGCACCGGGACCUCAAGUGUGAGAACGUCCUGCUGAGCACCGAUGACCAAAUCAAGGUGACGGACUUCGGUUUGUCGUGCGUCUGCAAAGGAUUCCCCGACCUGACCGAAACGUUUAGUGGCACUUUGCAAUACAUGGCGCCCGAGGUGCUCUCUGGUCGCCCCUACGACCCGAAGAAGAGCGACGUCUGGAGCCUGGGGAUUGUCCUGUACGAGCUGGUCACCGGACGCAUGCUCUUUAACGUCGCUGAUAUAAAACAGCUGCAGGAACUCCAAAAGGAACAGACGGUACCUCGGGUUCACCCGUGCUGGAUCAAAUUCGGGCUCUCCUGCCGGAACCUGAUCUCCAAAAUGCUGCAGGUGAAUCCGCAGGAUCGGCCCUCCAUGGCAGAGGUGGCGCAGGACUGCUGGCUGCUGUCGUGUAGAGAAAGGUUUCAACGCAGAUUCAGGCGCCAUGAACCACAAGUUUUACUCACACGUGAGGAGACCACAUCUACAGAAUCUCCAUCUACAGAGUCCACACCUGAAGAGUCCACACCUGAAGAGUCCACACCUGUAGUAGAGGAUGUGGUAGAGGAGGAUGCAGUAGAGGACGCUGAGUCUGAAUUGAGCCGCAGUCCAUCUGCUGCAGACCUACCUGAUGGAAGCCUCGAGGACGUGGAGGAGAACGUGGAGGAGGAAGUGGAGGAGGACUUUGGGUGCUGUCCUCGGCUUCGUGCCGCAGUGAAAAGAGUCGUAGCUCCGAUUGCGAGAGCUUCCAGGUCGCUGCGGAAGAAGAUCAGGAAGGCUUUUGGGUUAAAACCCGAGGAGCAGAACUCCUCCCGACCCCAGCAGAUCUGUGCCGCCUCUACUGUGAUUCUUAUGUGUCCAACAUGUGAGCAGAGACGCGAGGACUUAGAGGCCACAUUACAGCAGGGAUUUUAAGAUACCGUGGAAGAAGACGGCGAGUGUGCACACCGUGUAAACUAGGAGUGUCACUAUAACUAUAGUGUUUUAAAGAAUUCAUAAAUAUCGUCCUAGAAAUUAUUGGGAUUAACGAACAAAAAAUUGUACCCCACUAAUAUAAAACUUAUUCUUCUGGGCUUUUAAGGGGCUUUUAAAUGCCACGUUUAGAUGUUUUAAUUGGGCGUGGCAGAAAUAAUUGUGAACUAAUCGAUUUAUUGGAGAUUAGUACGAUUAGUCGACAGAUUAGUCGAUUUUUCUUUUCUUUUUCGUGAUUGUGGAGCAUCCUUACCUUUGUCAGAAUGCAGACGAGAGGAAACGAGGAGAGCGAGGCUUAAAUUAUCAAUCGACCUUUAGAUUUUAAGCAUUGAUGCUGCAAUAUUCUCAUCAUUACAGCCACAGAACAUCUUCAGUCUUCAGCGCCCCCUUCAGCAGAUCGUGAAAAAAAAGAAAAGCAGGAGUUUUCCACUGUGAAGACAGUUAGGGAAGACGUCCAGAGGACUGAAGACAGUUCCAGGAAAGUUCAUCCAGUUCUGAGAAGAAGAACUUCAGUACCAGAUCCAGAUCCCAGGAUUCAUCACAGGAACCACUGAACUGAUUUUAACAGGAAAUAAAACUCCUGUUAAACAGAUCUACCAGUCUGAGGAGUUUAAUUAUGAUAGAUAACAAUAAUAGGGGUGAUACUGUAUAAUAAAAAAGCUAGUGCAGUAAGAAAUAAAUACAAAAAAACUAUACAGUAUGAAGUAUGAAGGUAACCUGACUGUAAAUAGGAGGUAGUGCAGUAAUACAAAAUAAAUAAGGUAAACAGGAAACCAGGUACCAGCCUAUAUGACUAUACUGAAAAAUAUACAUAAAAACCUGUGCAAGUAUUGUACUGUAUUUAAAAGAAUAUAAAAGUGUCCAGGAGUGCAAAUGUACAGGAUGUACAGUUAAGUAAUAAUAGAGUCCCGGAGUGCAGAUAUACAAAAAAACUAGAACAAAACAAAAAGAGUCCGGUGGCUCUGGGGACAAAGGAUCUCCUGAGUCUGAGUCUGUACAGCAGCUCUGAGACCGAACCUGCCACUGAAACUCUGAUGCUCUUAUGGUCCAUGAAGCCAUGAAGAUGGUGUGCAGUGGGUGAUCAUCAUCAUCAUUCAUGAUGCAGAGCAGUUUGUGCAGUGUCCUCCAAUUUUACAGCUCUAAAACUCAAAGGACAAAGUGUUUUCAAAAA